CUCUGUGCGCAUGCGCAUUGCCCACGAUCACGUGUGCCGCGGCCAGCCAAUGGGGAGGCGCGUUACUGCGCGGUGCCCGGUUGAGGAAGUGCCGCCGGUGUCCGUGCCCGCCGCUCUCCGUCCGGUUCCGCCGCCCGGGAUGUGCUGAGGGCGCGUCCGCCGCCCCUCCCAGGCGUGAAUGACAGAGGAGGUGCCCCCGAGCGCACUGACGGAUGUGACCCUGCGCCUGCUGUGCCACGAUGACAUAGACACGGUGAAGCAGCUCUGUGGAGACUGGUUCCCAAUAGAGUACCCUGACUCAUGGUACCGAGAUAUCACUUCCAACAAGAAGUUCUUUUCGCUCGCAGCCACCUACAGAGGCUCCAUCGUGGGGAUGAUAGUGGCAGAGAUCAAGAGCAGGACCAAGGUGCACAAAGAGGAUGGAGAUAUCCUAGCUUCCAAUUUUCCUGUGGACACUCAAGUCGCUUACAUCCUAAGCCUUGGAGUGGUGAAGGAGUUCAGAAAACAUGGAAUAGGUUCCCUCUUGCUUGAGAGUCUGAAAGAUCACAUCUCCACCACUGCCCAGGACCACUGCAAAGCCAUCUACCUGCACGUGCUCACCACCAACAACACAGCAAUAAACUUCUAUGAAAACAGAGACUUUAAACAGCACCACUACCUGCCCUAUUACUACUCCAUCCGAGGGGUCCUCAAAGAUGGCUUCACCUACGUCCUGUACAUCAACGGCGGGCACCCACCCUGGACAAUCUUUGACUACCUACAGCACAUUGGCUCCACACUGGCCAGCCUGAGCCCGUGCUCCAUCCCCCAGAGGAUAUACAGACAAGCCCAGAGCCUCCUCUGCAGCCUCCUGCCCUGGUCUGGCAUUUCUGCCAAGAGCAGCAUCGAGUACAGCCGGACAAUGUGACUGACUGGGGGCGCACGGGAAGCCAGGAUUGUUUCUCCUUCCACCUGACACCCGGCUCUGCACUGGUUCCAGUGAUGACAGCUCUUGGCCGGUGACCCAGCCUCCGGACGGGAUUCCCUGUUCCUCAGGGCCUGACCUUUGGUAGAGCUUCACCCUGGGGCUGCAGCCCCGGCUCCCCCCACGGGCAGGGCGGGCCUGGCCGUGCGGGCCCUGGGUGUCACACUCGGUGUGCUCUGGGUGUCACACUCGGUGUGCUCUGGGUGUCACACUCAGUGUGCUCUGGGUGUCACCGCUCGGUGUGCCCCGGGUGUCACACUCGGUGUGCUCUGGGUGUCACACUCGGUGUGCCCUGGGUGUCACACUCGGUGUGCCCCGGGUGUCACCGCUCAAUGUGCCCUGGGUGUCACUGCUCAGUGUGCCCUGGGUGUCACCGCUCAAUGUGCCCUGGGUGUCACUGCUCAGUGUGCCCUGGGUGUCACACUCGGUGUGCUCUGGGUGUCACCGCUCAAUGUGCCCUGGGUGUCACACUCGGUGUGCUCUGGGUGUCACACUCGGUGUGCUCUGGGUGUCACACUCGGUGUGCCCCGGGUGUCACCGCUCAGUG